AUGCCUUCCCCUAAAUCGUAUUCUUCGGAACUUUCCAGAUCCCAUGCUGUAUCAUCCAGUAAUCAAAACUUGAGUGAUGUUAAAAAAUCUUCUUCAACAGAGGAUCAUACACAAUACACUAAUAUUUCACUGCAAGAUCAAGUCAACUCAACCUUACCAAAAUCUAACGGCAAACCACCUGAAAUAUCAAAGCAAAAUCUCGGCCUACCACUCAGGGACUUUGGUAGAGUUUCUUUUCAUAUUAGAGAUAGAAUAGCCGCUAUAAUCGCAAAUGUUACGUAUACUAUAGUAGAGUCUAUUGAUAAUUUCACGAAUAACUCUGAAAUUGGUAAGGAAUACAUCAAGUAUGUAAUAUAA